CAAAGUGUGCCUUCUGGAUCCUAAGAAUUUGGAAAUCAAAACAUUAUGCUCAAGGGUUGAAGUUGAUUCUGGAUUGAAAAAGUAUGAAUUUAUAGAAAAAGCAUCCCACUUUGAUGAGAAUGAGUGCUCUAAUUCAAAGGAAAAAUCCUCUAUGACAGGUUCCAUCAAGAGAGGACCACAAGGUAUUAUCGAGGGCCAUAAAGAGAAAAGACAUGGUUGGGCUUUUAAUAAGCCAGUGGAUCCUGUGGCAUUGAACAUUCCAGAUUAUUUUACAGUCAUAUCUCAUCCCAUGGAUUUAGGCACUAUUAAAUCCAAGCUGGAAAAAAAUAUUUACUUUAGCAUUGAGGAAUUUGCAGCUGAUGUUAGAUUGACCUUUUCAAAUGCCAUGACAUAUAAUCCUCCUAUGAAUGCUGUUCAUUUAAUGGCAACGGAGCUCAAAAAAAUAUUUGAGAGAAAAUGGAAAGACUUGGAGAAAAAAUGCAAGUGUGAAAAUGCGAAUGAAAAAAUUAUGACUGGAGCAGUGAGGGGACAUGUGAGAAAAUUUUGUAAUAGGAUGCCUCCACUGCAAAAGGAUACCUUGCCCAAAAUGUUGCAAGUACCUGAAAUGAAAGAAAUUCAGAAGAUUAGUUCAUUGGAUGGAAGACAUGCUAAAGUAAGGAUUGUUUUCUUCGAGGGAAAAUGGAGCACUCCUGUUUAUGAUAUACUGUUAUCACCCAAACAGGCUAUCCGUGUUGCUACACUGAAGCACCGCUUUGCAGAUACUAUCCGUAAAGCACAAAAUGAAACACUUUUGGACCAGGGUGUGAAAAUGAAGAUGCAAAAGGAAAGGGAAAGGAAACAGCUUGAAGCUGCAAGAAUGAAAGCCAAUGAAGCGUUAGAAAAAGAAAGAGAAGCUGAACGAGUCAGAAUACAAAAGAUUGAAAGAACUGUUGAGAUACAGAAUGACUUGACGAUUUGGUUUGAGCUUGAAAUGUUGUGUGGGGGUAAGUUGUGUUAUGGAGACUUCGGCAGUAAACAUUGCUCUAGAGUUGCAAUGGAUAAAUCUCGUGCUCAAAACCCACUCGAGCGGCUUGGUUUAUUUUUCAAGGAUGACUAUAUUACUUCAGAUGAAGAUGUGGAGGAUUUGUGUUCAGAAAUAUAG